AUCCACAAACCAUCCCUUUCAUACUUUUUCUCUCUCCUCUUUCUAUAUCUUUCAAAAUAAUAGUUGAAAUAUUAAUUGGCACAUUUCCCUUUUCAAGUUUUGAUAAAAAAAAAAGGAAGAUCUCUCAACAAAAAUAAAAAGCAAAAAUAAAAUAAAAAUAAAAAAAGGAAUAUGUGCCAUGCUUUGUAUUGAUACAUAACAGCAUAAAAAUCAAUGGAGGAGGAGAAGAGAGAGGAGCACACAAACCCCACCAACUCAUCAUCCACCACCACCACCACCACCACCAUGGCAUUCUCCGAUGAGAUUCCAACAACCACCACCACCAUCAACAACAACAACACAUCUUUAUUCCCUUUUCAACCUUCAAUCUCUACCUUCUUUGAUACCAUACCAUCUUCCUCUUGUGACCAAAAAUCUUCUUCUUUUGGUUUCAUGGACUUGUUGGGUUCCCAUGAUUACAUCAACAACAACAACAACACUUUUUUAUUAUCGGAUUGGGUUCCCACCGUCGCCACAACAACAACAACCCAUCACACUCUUCCGUCACCCGGGAGUUCUAACAUCCCGGACUCAUCCGAGGUGUUUAACACUCCGGUGUCACCGAAUUCUUCUUCGAUAUCUUCGUCGUCUAAUGAAGCCACAGUUAACAACACCUUAGAACAGCAUAGAAGUAAACUUUCAAAAAUCGAAGCAGAGUUAGAAGGAGAUGACCAAGAUCAAGACAAGACUAAGAAACAAUUGAAACCAAAGAAAAAGAACCAAAAAAAGGAAAGAGAACCCAGGUUUGCUUUCAUGACAAAGAGUGAAGUUGAUCACCUAGAUGAUGGCUAUAGGUGGCGUAAAUAUGGCCAAAAAGCUGUGAAAAACAGUCCUUUUCCCAGGAGCUACUAUCGUUGUACAACGGCAAGCUGCGGCGUGAAAAAGCGCGUGGAGCGUUCUUCCGAUGAUUCUUCUAUUGUCGUCACUACAUACGAGGGUCAACACACACAUCCUUCUCCUGCCACGUCACGUCCUAACCUCAGCUUCGUUCACCAACCUACUAGUUUCGGUGCUGCUUCGGGUUCACACUCACACUUUCUUCUACCAACAUUGUUGUACAAUAAUCACAACUCCACUAGUAAUAAUAAUAUUACUACUACUACUACACCCCCUUCUUCUAAUUAUGUUGGUGGUUCUGGUGGUAGUUGUGUUAACACGUCGUCGUUUGGUGGUUUUGCGAAUGACCAAGUGAUUAAUCAUCGAGGUUUUGGAUCUUCAGGGUUUGUUAAUGAGGCUUUGUUAAGAGAUAAUGGGUUGCUUCAAGAUAUUAUUCAGAUGAAAAAAGAAGAAAAAGAUUCAAGAAAAGAACAACAUUAAUGAUUAUAGGUGGUAUUGGUGAUAUAUUAUUUAAUAUUUAUUACUAUGAAUUAAUUUUAUGUGUCUAUGUAUAUCUUUUGCAGCUAUAGGUUUGAGUUUAUAUGAAGUUAACCUUUUGGUGGUUAAUUGAUUUGGUUUUAAAAUGACAUUGUAGCUUAUAAAAGGCCCUGGGAUUUUGAUUUUGAUUUUGCUUAUUUCAUUAUUAUUAUUUUUUUUAUUUCCUUUUAUACGAGCUCUUUUUUGUAAUUGUAACUAUAGAGAUUUUAUUUCAUGAUGAUGGAUUAUUUCAUCCCUUUUUUUUAUUGGUGAACAUUCUUCUUUUCUCA